CGUUCCGUUUUCUUUCACGCAGUGGCAGAGAAGAGAAAUAAUAUAGAAGAACCAUCGCGUGGGGAUCCGUUGGACGAAUUCUUAGGCAUACAUAUGUAUGGCAUUUUAGCAUUAGUUUUUAUAUCCGAGCCAUACAUCAGCAGUGGUUAUGUGUCUGUACCCUGAUACAUCAAUUCCGGUGUCAUUCCGUUUGUCCAUUUACGGAAUCUUGCUUCUGAGUGAUCAUAAAGGCGACUUUCGAAAAUAAGAAUAGUUGUGUAAAAAUGUGCGUCAAUAAUAAAGUCGUAACCUUUAUUUAUUAAUAAAAAUAAAGAUAAAAAUAUGGCAAAUACAUACAAAAAUUUAUAUUAUAUAAAUAUAGCUUUUUUAUGCAGAAAAUUUUGCAAAAAAAAUUUUAAUCACAGCUUUAACAAACUUUCUACGUUUCUUUAGAUUUGAAUAAAAAUUAAGCUUUUUAUCAAAACUGCCAAACAAAGACUGUUAUACAGAUGCAAGGGUCACUCAACUUAUCUAUAAAUAAAAGAUAUAACCAAUGGGAAAUUGCUGGUCUUGUUUUAAAGUGCCACCGCAACCAAUUCCCGUUGAUCAAUCGAGCACAUCAGAAAUUAAAGAAGAUACAAUGGAGCUUAGGAGACUAUUUUCUUCAUACCCAUGCACUAAAGGAUCUUUGACAUCUGUUCGAGCUCAAGCGAAUAAAAAAUCACCGAGUUUGAAUAUAAAUUCUCUCAAUACUAUUGGUUCUGAGAAUUGUGAGUCAAUAUCCUUAGUUAAUAACAAUUCGCGAUUAUGUCCAUUUUACACAAGGUUACCACCUUUAGGCCGAUUGACUACAAGCAAUGUGAAUGCUUCAAGUGAUAAUAAACAAAAUAAAGAAUCAGAUGAUGAUAAAAUAAAUGCAUUAUUUAAUCAAUAUAAGGAACCAAAUGAAGAUAUUAUACUAGCUGAUGGAAUAGAAAGACUAUGUGACGAUCUUCAACUUUCACCUGAUGAUUUUAAAGUUCUUGUAUUAGCAUGGAAACUUGAUGCCGAACAAAUGUGUCAGUUCACUCGGAAAGAGUUUGUCAACGGAUUAAAAACAAUGCAUGUAGACAGUAUAAGUAGCAUACAAAAACGACUAUGUGAGAUUGUUCAAGAAUUAAGUGUGAAUGGAGAUCUAUUUAAAGAUUUAUAUAGAUUCACGUUUAGAUUUGGGCUCGAUGUUGCGUCUGGGCAAAGAAUUUUACCUAUUGAUAUGGCUAUAGUUCUUUGGAAGCUUGUAUUUACGAUACGAGAACCGCCUUUACUUUUCAAGUGGUUAUCCUUUUUAGAUAGCCAUCAUGUACGUGGAAUUCCCAGAGAUACAUGGAAUAUGUUUUUAAACUUUGCUGAAGUUAUUGGUAAUGAUCUUGGAUCUUACGACGAUGCUGAAGCAUGGCCAAGUUUAUUUGAUGAUUUUGUGGAAUAUGAAAACGAUCAAAUGAAUCAAAACAUAACUAAGGAUGAUAUAAUAAAAAAUUCUAUAAAAAAUAAUUAUUAAAAAUAAUGUCACAAUUAAAGGUUGCCACAUGUAUUUUAGCAUAAAUCAAUGUUGUUUCCUUUCUGUGUGAGCUUCCAAUAUAGUACAUUUCAUGCCUAGGGAGGAAAAGUAGACUAAUUCAAACCACAAGUAAAAUUGCCACUUGGGUGGAAAGUGGCAAGUAAACACGUGAUUUGAGAUGAUCUAACUGUCAUACCUAGGGUUGAAUAUUAUUUUUUACUAUACCUGUGACGAAAGCUUCACAUCAUUUGGAUGGUAAAGUAAACUUUCGGUGAAGGUAUGAUGGAAAAACUAUCCUUUAUUUUAUGUUUGUAUCAUAUAACGAACAAUGUGACCAAUAUUCUUACAUAAGAAUAUUAUUAAUAAGCUGUUACAUUCGUUUUUAAAAUUUUUUAUACUUAGUUUUGACCAAUUUGGGAACAUUUAUUGCUUUAAACUUUAUAUUCUACCACAUAAGAUAGUAAUUAACUUUAUCAAUAAUGUCUAUAGGGUAUAAUACGCCUGUUCAACACAUGAAAAAUAUUUGCGAUGAGAGUGUAUAUAGUAACAAUCUAUCUUACACAAGAAAAAUAUUCAUAGCGUAGAUUUUUUAAAUCUAUUAUUAAUGAAUAAUCUUGAAGAAUUGUUUAUAUUAUUAAAGAAAAAUGUCUUACACAUGUGAUUACACAUAAUAUUAAAGAUUAUUUAUUAGCAAUAAAUAGCAAAAUUUUCUUAAAUAAUUAAAUUGAGUGUAAUCAGUACAAUGAUAAUAAUAUAUAUAUAUUGUAGUUUUGCAUGAAAUUUGAAAAGAAAUAUGAAUAAAUUUCCAAAAACAUCCUAUUUAAAUUGAAUAUUGAUUGAAUUGUAUAUGUUCGUUUUGAAAUGAUAUAUUUGGGAAUUUUAAUUAAUUCAAAUUAUAGAUAAUAAGGAAAUAUUUUGGA